AAGAAAUGAUAGUUGUUCUCGUUCCCCAAGAAGAAAUGAUAGUUGUUCUCGUUCCCUAAGAAGAAAUGAUAGUUGUUCUCAUUCCCCAAGAAGAAGUGACAGAGAUAGUUGGUCUCGUUCUAUAAGAAAUAGUCAUACUCGUUCUAUAAGAGAUAAUCAUACUCGUUUCAUAAGAGAUAAUCAAUCUUGUUCUGUGAGAGAUCGUUCUCAUUCUGAUGAAUAUGCUCAAAAUAAACAUAUGCAAGAUGAAUGUACUCAAAAUGAACAUUCAUCUACAUCAUAUGGUAUUACUCAAGACAUUAAACAAAAUAAUAUAAUUAA